AUGCUGAAGUCUAUAUUUAGGAGGUAUCCAGAGCCUCAGCAGGCAGGCUAUUGGGGAAAACCCACCUCGACGAUUGAUUGGUGCGAGGAGAACUACGUGGUUUCGCCGUUUGUGGCAGAAUGGUCAAACACAAUCACUAACAGUGCGUUCGUGGCGCUGGCAAUGUACGUAACAUGGUCGGCAUACUACCACCGUCUGGAAAAACGGUUUGUGAUGAUCGGGAUUGGUCUGGGCACCGUGGGCGUCGGUUCGUGGCUGUUCCACAUGACGCUGCGGUACGAAUACCAGCUGCUGGACGAGUUGCCAAUGAUAUACGCUACCUGCAUACCUGCCUGGAGCAUCUUUUCCGAGGAAAAAGACAUUUUGCGUAACCGCAACCGGGCUCCGUCGCUGCUGAGACAGAGUAUCAUCGGAGCUAUCGUGUUUUCGGCCGCAGCCAUACUUACCGUGGUAUAUUUGGUGUAUCGGGACCCUACAAUCCAUCAGACGGCAUAUGCCAUCCUGAACGUCAUAGUGGUGUUCUCCGCAGGCGCGAUGGCUUCGAAAUACGUGCGCGAUCCCUUGGCCAAGCGCAACUUGCGCAACACCAUGGCCUUGAGCAUCUCCAUCUUCUUAUUGGGCUACUUUCUGUGGCAACUGGAUGUACACUUCUGCUCGUUCUGGAUAUUCAUCCGGAGAACCUUCCUGCACUUGCCCUUGGGAGUUUUCCUCGAACUCCAUUCGUGGUGGCAUCUGUUGACCGGGUCUGGUGUCUACUUCUACAUUGUCCAUCUCGAAUACCUGCGUAUUUUGACCCACGGACAAGCAGAAGACUACACUUUGAUCUGGAGAUGGAAAGUUUUCCCAGAGUUGAUUCAUUCGUCACAUACCGUUAACACCAAGUACUCCUUAGAGUUUUGCGGUCCUUACGUCGGGCCAGAAUCCAGCUCUAAGCUGGACCGCUCCAAGAGAGAUUGA